AUGCUCAUCCGAACAGACAUUGAGCCUGGCAGGCUCCUCAUGAGCGAGCAAAGGAUAAUAGUCGGCAUCGACUUCGGCACCACGUACUCGGGCGUCGCCUGGGCGGAGACCCAGCGGCCCGACAGGCGGGUCGCCGUCAACUCGUGGCCCAUCAGCACGUCUGCCCGCGAGGGCGAGUCGUCGGACAAGGUGCCCACGAAGCUCAGAUAUACGAAAUGCGGCGACGUGCAAUGGGGCUUUGCGAUCCCCGACACGGCGCCGCAGGACGAAGUGAUUGAGUGGUUCAAGCUGAACUUGGAUCCUUCGUUGGAGCAGGUCAGCCAAGAUGCUGCGACUGGUAUGGGACGUGGGAGCCUCGGCGCAGACAGAAUCGUCACCGACUACAUGUCUGCCCUGAACGAGCAUCUCAUAUACACCCUCCGUCAAAAGCUCGGAGACGCCGUGGCCAGGAACAUGCCGCUAGAGUUCGUCGUUACUGUGCCGGCCAUAUGGAGCGACCUGGCCAAAGACAGGACAAGAAAAGCGUGUCAGAGGGCAUUUGGUCUCUCAGCGUCCCAGUGUCCAGUCCAUCUAGUGUCUGAGCCAGAAGCUGCUGCCAUAUACGCUCUGCAUGGCCUCGACCACCACGGCUUACAAGUCGACGACACCAUGGUCGUUGUCGACGCCGGCGGCGGCACGGUGGACUUGAUAUCGUACACCAUCACGGGGCUGAAGCCCAUCCUGCAGGUCGAGGAGGCGGCGCCAGGGACCGGUGCCCUUUGCGGCUCGACCUUUCUCAACAUGCGCUUCGCCAAGUUUCUCAAGGCCAAGUUGGGCAACGAAGAGGGGUUUGACGACGAGGUCCUUGCCGAAGCACUGGAGGCUUUUGAGAAAAAGGUCAAGCGGCAAUACACGCUCGGCGCUGACCCGGACGACUCGUUCGUCAUCCCGGUGGGCGGCCUGGCCAACAACAAGGCCCUCGGCAUCGCGCGCGGGCGUUACGCGCUGAAAGGCUCCGACCUCAACACCAUCUUUGAGCCGGUCGUUUUACAGGUCAUCAAGCUGAUCGAGGACCAAAUAUCCGCCAGCGGGGCGCCGGUCAAAGCCAUCCUGCUCGUGGGCGGCUUCGGCGCCUCGCAGUACCUCAAGGAGCGCAUCCGUGCUGCCGUCGACCGCCGUAUCCAGAUACUGCAACCGCCAAACGCCUGGCAGGCGGUGGUGCAGGGCGCCGUCAUGAAGGGCCUCGCCAACAGCGCGCCCGAGCAGCUCACCCUGGUGCAAGUCCAGAACCGCAAGGCGACGAAGCACUACGGCACCGAGUGGAGGACAAAGUACGACCCGAAGCUGCAUUCACAUCUGAAGAAUAGACGGCAUUGGUGUGGCCUCGAUGGGUGCUACAAGGUGUAUGGGAUGGAGUGGUUUAUCCAACGGGGCGACCGAGUCUCCGAAAACGAACCCUUCUUCACAUCCUUCGUCUGGACCGGCCUAGUCAGCCAAGGGCGCAUCCAAAGGAUCAAGAUGGACAUCUACUGCGACCAAACGCAGAGGGACGCACCCGUCGCGCGGGACGACAACGUCCAGCUCCUCUCCCGCGUCGAGGCCGACGUCAGCCACAUCCCCGAGCACCAGCUCGCCCGCCGCCUGGGCCGCGACGGGCAGUGGAACUACGAACUCAGGUGCAGGAUCGAGGCCGUCUACCUGUCGGCGUCGACGAGGUACACGCUCUUGUACAACAACAAGCGGUAUGAUACCGUCACUUGCGAAUAUGUCUAG